GUUUCAACAUGGCUUCUUCUUGUUUAGCUCAAAUUAAGCAUUUGAUGCUAUACAAUAUAUAAGUUAUUUAGUUGAUUACAUAACACGUGUAAGUGGAGUUUCAGUAUAUGAAAAGAAAGAAGAUAGCGAUGAUCUAAUUUACGCUAAAGAUGGAGAUACCUGCUCAACGGACCUCUCACGCUCAGCGGGUGCUGUCCUUGCUCAACAAACAGAGGGGUCUUGGCCACUUCUGUGAUGCCAUGUUAAGCACAGCCAGUGGGCAGGUGCAUCUGGCCCACCGCAAUGUUCUUGCCUGCUUCAGCAACUUGUUCCAACACCCCAGUUCAAACAAACCGUUUAUACAAGUCGACCUGCCAUUAGAGUGCCCUGAUGAUGGACUUGAGCUACUGCUUAACUUUUUUUACACAGGUGAACUUCAGUUAAACGACAGCAAUUUAGAAAAAAUUCAGAAUGCAGCCAGCGGACUAUCAGUGCCGGAUUCUCUCAUACCUUGCCAGAGUUUGCCAGGUGUAAAGACUUUAGAGUCACCUGCCUUGAGUGUAGAUAAUACAGCCAAACCACUAUUCACUCCCACGUCUGCAGACCCUCACCCUGAUCACACCCCGAAAGGAAAGACUAAAUCUUGGCAGAGGACGAAAAAUAAACCUGAUGCAUGUCGGUUUGGUUCAGCGGGCACAACUAGCGAUGAUGACCCUCCUGCCUCGACAUCUACUACCACCACACGUUCUGGAAGGCGCGUUAAAGGGCCCAGUCGACUAGUCAGAGAAAAUUCCAUGAAUACUGUCGCAAGGCAGGGAGCAGGAAGAAGAAAAUCAUUAUUUCUAGAAGACAAAGAGCAGGAGACUGCUGCCAUUGAAGAUAGAGAUGAUCUCAAACAUCAAGAAAUGAGUGAGACUGAGCAGGUGGAUGGAUCUGCCGAUCAAAAUGACGACGUCGACAAUGACAAUGACGAUGAUGAUGACAGUGACAGAGGUGUCAGUAUAGAUAUUCUUGAGGGAACUGAUGAAGAGUAUGUGCCUCAUGAUUCACCUUGCUCGACCUCAAAGACUCCACGGGGAAAGCACAAACGACACGAGAAAAACACCAAUAAAGAGAAUGGGGAAAGAACAUCUAAAGACAGUAAGAAAGGCUCUGUCCAAUGUCCUACAUGCCACAAAACAUUUCUCAGCAAGUACUACCUGAAAGUACACAACAGGAGACAUACAGGAGAGAAGCCCUUUGAAUGUUCUAAAUGUGGGAAAUGCUACUAUAGAAAGGAAAACCUGCUGGAGCAUGAAGCUAGGAAUUGUCUUAUCAGAGCAGAAGUGGUGUUUUCGUGUUCAAAAUGUACCAUGACCUUUAAAAAGCGACAUGAGCUGCGUCUUCACACGGUCACACACACAGGAGAGAUGCCCAAUAAGUGCACGUCAUGCCCUGAGCAGUUCAUGCAGAAGAAAGACCUCCGGAUCCACAUGAUUAAAGUUCACGGAGCUCCCAAACCCCAUGCAUGUCCAUUGUGUCCCAAAUGUUUCCUGUCCCGCACUGAGCUACGUCUGCAUGAGGCAGCUAAACAUCGUGGUGAGAAACUGUUUGUGUGUGAGGAGUGCGGCCAUCGGGCCUCCAGCCGCAACGGCCUGCAAAUGCACAUCAAAGCCAUUCACAGAAAUGAGCGUCCUUUUGUGUGUGAGUUCUGCAAUCAUGCUUUUACCCAGAAAGCUAAUCUCAACAUGCACCUUCGAACGCAUACUGGAGAGAAACCUUUCCAGUGCCAUCUGUGUGGCAAGACGUUUCGCACACAAGCGAGUCUGGACAAACACCACCGCACGCAUACGGGAGAACGGCCGUAUAGCUGUGAGUUUUGUGAGCAACGAUUUACUGAGAAAGGCCCUCUCUUACGCCACAUAGCCAGCAAACACCAAGAAGGUCGACCACACUUUUGCCAAAUCUGCAACAAAACCUUUAAAGCCAUUGAGCAGCUCCGUGUUCAUGUACGACGUCACAAAGGCAUGAGAAAAUUUGAGUGUUCUGAAUGCGGUUACAAGUUCACCAGACAGGCACAUUUGCGCCGACACUUACAGAUCCACAACCGCGUGGAGAACUACAGCCCCAGACAGAGACGCUUACGUAACCUAAUAGUGGAGGACGAGAGCACAGCUGCCUCAUCCAGUCCUCCCAGCCAUGCCGAGGCUCAGGAAGAACCAGCGGACAUAGUUAAACUGGUUAUCCAGUCAGAUGCAGUUGUGGUGCAACAGGUCGUCUCAGCCUCUGCUGAAGGAACAGGAGGAGAGCAGGCCACAUAUUCAUUGGCUGAUGGAGCAGUGAGUGCUGAACAGACUGGGAUUGCUCUGACUGGAAUGACUGAUGGCAAAGUGGAGCAAACUCCGUUUACUGUAACCGAAGUGAUGGAGCAGACACUGCUGGUGACCGAUGCAUACUCCAUCCAUCAGCCCAGCGUGGUGGUGGAACUGCCCGGCUCUGACACUGAUGAGAAAGUCUAAAUUAAGGAGACUUAUUGAUUGCAGAGCAACAAAGCUACUUGACAACAAAGCAUGUGGUUUAAAGGAGAAGUUCACUUCCAGAAUUGAAAUUUCCUAUUAAUUUACUCACCCCCAUGUGAUCCAAGAUGUUAAUGUCUUUCUGUCUCCAGUCACAAAGAAAUGAAGGUUUUUGAGAAAAACAUUCCAGGAUUUUUCUCCAUAUAUUGGACUUCAAUAGGGAUUCAUGACGAGUUUAAGGUCCAAAUCACAGCUUUAAUGUAGCUUCAGAGGGCUCUACAUGAUCCCAACCGAGAAAUGAGGGUCUUGUCUAGCAAAACAAUCAUUUUCUUAAAAUGAUAAAAAUGUAUAUACUUUUUAACCACAAAUGCUCUUACGUAAAAGCAUUACGUAAUCACGUUGGAAAGGUCACGCAUGGUUAGUUCUUCGUCUGUGUACUUUGCUUCGAAAAGGUCCAACUUCAAAAUUGUCCAACCUAGCUGUUUUACCUUUUUUUUGUAAAGGGUGUUUGACUUUCUUUGCACGUUCGCUUUGAAAACACUGGGUUGGUACUUCUGCCUACGCCACGCGUGACAUUUCCAACAUGAUUUCGUAAUGUGAGGUCAGGCUAGUGCAAGACAAGCAUUUGUGGUUAAAAAGUAUUUACAUUUUUAUUAUUUUAAGACAAUGACUGAUCGUUUUGCUAGGUAUGACCCUUAUUCCUUGCCUGGGAUUGUGUAGAGCCCUUUGAAGCUGCACUGAAUCUGCAUUUUGAAACUUCAACCCAUUGGCCACCAUCAAAGUCCACUAUAUGGAGAAAAAUCCUAGAAUGUUUUUCCUCAAAAACCUUAAUUUCUUUGGUUCUGAAGAAAGAAAGAAAGACAUGAACAUCUUGGAUCACAUGGGGGUGAGUAAAUUAUUAGGAUUUUUUUUCUGUAAGUGGACUUAUCCUUUUAGAGUCUGAGACAUGUCAGUCAUUGUAAAUAGCUUUCUUGCAUGAAGAAGUCUUUUUCAUAUUCAUUUCUUAUCUUCAAAGAAGUUGGAAAUGACAGAAGACUCGUUUGUAUCAAGCAUGACGUUGCAAGAUCAUCUUGAGAUUUCCAUAGCUACAUUUUUGUCUACUGCAGUCAGAAGUCAUUUGAACCCAGCUUCUGCAAAAAUGUUUCGCCUUUAACUUUUGAAGUCAGACUGUGUCUACAAUUUUUAAUGGAAAAUGUUCUCUCUCUGUUUGAAUGAACAGACAUAAACUUAAAGCUUUUUUAUUCUGUAAGGCAAAAGUAAUGCAUUAUGCCUCUUGUAUUUGUCUUAUUUAUUGACUAGCACUUCAAGUUACAAGAUGUUUGACAAAAUUGGAUACAAAAAUGUGACCAAAGUUCUUGGAAGAGAAUGUCUAGAUUUAUUCAGCAUCUGGAUGGCAAAAUGUAAAUUAAAGACUAUUGUAAAACAA